AUGUCGAAGGACGGCUUACGAACAAUUGAUGCACAAUAUAUUCAUGACAGGAAUUUUGAAAAAUGUACAAGAAUUACUGAUGAUUAUAUGAUCGACCACUUUUUGAAGGGUGACGUAUUAGACUUCAUGUUAAAAAUAUGGAACAAUACGAAUGCAGACCCUGUGAGAUUGUCUUUUGGUUGUUUACCUGUUUUGGCGCAUCUGUCGAAUGAAAGUCUGCUAUUUAAUUUGCCAGAGAAAAGUGCUAAAACGACUACAUUGUUUUCGUUUUACGUAGCUGAAUCUGGUCUGCUGCUGAUGUUACGCAGACGCAGUGUUCUGUUUAUUGCACCAGAAGGAGAUAGAAUUCUGGGAGAGGUGAAAUUCUGGAAUCCGAGUGAUAGUAGCGGGGAUGAUAAAGCUUCUGUAUUAAUUGAAGGGUGGGACGGUAUUAGUCGUAUGAGUAAAGUAACGUCUGGAAGUGGUCCAAAACAAAUUUUGAAUAAAUCUUUAUCAUCGUUGUUAGCAACGACUGGUAGACGUUUUCCUGAUUUGUUGAAAAGUUUGUCGUAUGAAUUCUGCCAUUGCUGGGAUACAUUUUUUAAAAAUCAAGGGUGUCGUCGUGUAGCCACAUAUCUUAAAAUGAUUCCAAAACAAGAAAGUGAGCAAGCAUUUGGUACAUUAUUAGAAGAUAGAUUAGGCUGGAAAAUGGAAGAUUAUUAUGAAUUAUUUAAAUCGUAG